AUGAUGAGCUACCGUACGUACUUCAGUGAAUCGUGCUCAAAUUCGGGCGAUUGGACUAAGAGCGACUGUGUGAGUCUUGACGAGUUCUGCUAUCCGCUGCCUGCAGAUCCACAUCAGCUAAGUGGGACGGACGUACUGCUUUUGAGCUCAUUUCCAGCGGCUGCUGUUCGCUUAGCAAAGAGCUUGGUGUAUCGCAAAGAAGAACUCUACGACGACGACGACGGCGGCGGCGAAAUGCCGAGGCGGAUUCGUGAGCAAAUCCUGGAAGUGACAAAAACCGUGACAGUAACAGAGAUCGUGAACUCUGCUCCAGAUAAACAUCCACGAUCGUGUGAGGUGACAGUCACAAAUCUCGCAUCGGAUACCUCCCAUCCGGUUUCUGUAAAAAUCAGUCAUCUGCACGAGCGGCAAUCAAUCGACCAUAAUGAAGCAGGAACGCAAACACCGACGGUGACAGUCGAAGAGCACACUUGGGAUGCGGUCGAUACCGCUCCAGACGGCACGACACGAAUCGAACAGGAGAAGCGGUCGAAGGUGGAGCGUAUACGACGCAGAAAUAUGCCUGUCACGACAACUUUUAACCUUCCAACAGAUAAUGUUAUUGAUCUGCAGUUCACGCAACCUGUUUUGAUUGAAAAACACGAUCAGCGACAGCCAAAGGCGCAUACAUUUGAAACAUUCGCAAGCGGACCGGUACAUACGCUCUACUACCGGAAUUUUUCGGAUUCGGACAAUCCGUUGGACAUCGUUCGACCGACUUACGCUCAACCUGACGUUCUUCAAAGAAGUUCGGUUGUCGAUGAGACAGAUCUCGGAUCUAUGGCAAGUGACGGAUCUAGUGGAGGCAGCAUUAUCAUCCACGCUGACGAUAGUUCACCAGGCAGAGCAUUGUCAGCCGAGGGCUACUUCACUACUCCUAUGAAAAGCUCAGAAAACUCUGAACCCCUGGAGAAAGCAAAUAGCGAUGACGGAGUUCCAAAAAGGCCUGAAAGAAAUCUGACGAACAAUCGACGAAGUCGUUAUAUUGUGACGUCGAAGGAGGAAACCAAGGAGUCAGAUCGUGAGCCAACAAUCCGGUGGAUCUAUGCCGAAUUUGAUCCAUCUUCGAAAAUGAAAGAGGGUAACGCCAGAAGUGCUGGUGCGGGUGGAGAUGAAGUGAAAGGAGAAACAGCGAAAACCUCAGCCAAAAAAGAACAGCUUCCGUGCACAUCCAAAUCAAUACCUAAUGGACAUGCGAUCUUCAACAAAAGCUCGAAUGCGACGCGGAGCGAGCAUCUGAUGUCGGUCACAUCAAAACCGACAGCGGUAGCUUCGAAGCGACCACAAAACGCCUGUGAAAGCACUUCAUUCAUAGCGAAUGAUGCUCUCACGGGAUGUGGUCCCAGCGUUCGAACUGAUCAAGAGGAUGUUUUUGAAAGGAGACGUCGUUCGACACCACCAUUGAUGACAUCGACACCGUACACAACACUUGAGCGGAAGGACAGAUCCAGCGUGGACAUCAUCAGUGACCGUAAUGAAUUGAGACAAUCGCAAUCAUUCCCAGUAAUACGUUUGGAAAAUGGCUCUGAUAUCGGUAACAAGGAGAACGACGUGGGCCACGAUGAAGUUGGUGGUGAACUGGUACCUGCAUCGCCUCGUCGAGUUCCGUCGUCGCCGAUCGUUGUCCUCAACCAGAGCAGGAAGAGCAGCCUCGACCAACAUUUUAAUUCCGGCGAGCGGAGACGUCGCAAAUCCACUGUCACGGACAUCGACUGGUUUGCUGCCUUUAAGAUGAAGGAACCUUCCACACCUAACUCUCCGGGCUGUGCAUUCGUUCUGGAUGUGAUGAAGCAAGCCGACGCCGCCGGUGAACACACACAUCCACUCUACGAAACGACCAGGCAUCACGUGACGGAGGCCCCGAAGCCGGUCGAAAUCGACAUGGACGAGAUUUUCUGUGUCAAUUCCGGCAGCACAGAUACGAAAUCGUGUCCGUGUAAUGCGUGCUACCUCACCAAGCUCAGCGACGACGAGAGAACAAGAUUUCUACGAAGAUCCUCGAGAAGGAGGAAGGUGCGUCCAGCUGAGAAGACCAUGUCGCAGCCACCAACAUCCAGCAACAAUGUACCAACAAUGGACAUUUCUCUGGACGAGGUAUUUGAACCCCACAGAGCAUCGCGAAGUGCUGCGAGCACGAACAGUGAGGACGAGAGGCAUGCGAGCAGAAGCGUGGAAAACUCAGGUCCGCUAUCUCCAGAGGAUAUGAAAAACGCCAAGAAAACAACUUUUUGUCCGGAGAAAACCACUUCACUGUCGUCUCAGAAAGAGAAAACAGAGAUUAAUCUGGAUGAGAUUUUUCCAACAACGAAUUCUUGUGAUGGAAACCUCAGAGAACAUAAAAGAAAGUCGGAGACCACCCAGUUGUCUUACGAAAAGGCGUUCGCAAAAGAAGUGGAGAUGAGUCCAGAAUUGCAACAACAGCAAAAACCAUUCAAUUGGGUAGCAGCGCUUGUUGGUACCAACUCCUCCGAUUUUUCAGCGAAUGAGACAAAAACGGGAGUAGUUCGUGCUCCCAGAAUCGAGUGCAGUGAUGCUCAUAUAGAUGUAGACGUCAACAGAAAUAAACCUGAUGACUUCAGUAGCGUUUCUACCAUAAGUUCUACGGAAAUCAACGGACGAAGUUCUCCCUCCAACGGGCUCGAAGGAACGGAAGAUUGGUUGCAUAACAUUGUAAAGUCGGAGAAGUCUGAGGAACAAAAGACGAGCAUCAGUGACGAAGAAAAGCCAUCCGAUGUUAGCCGGAAAAUGACGUCAGCUCAACAAUUAUCAGACGACUUGAUGCAGACAGUCUUCAACCGAGAAGGCACAAGUAGUGGAUGUGAUGGUAGAAAGUGCCGCUGCGCCGCCUGUACGAUUGACAUUCGAACCGCUCCGACGACGAACGGAAGCGGGCACGGCGAGCACACGAGCGGAGAGGUACAUCGAUCAAAAAAUAAAGCAGCAACGUCAAUUCAAAAAGACCCUGCCACUUGUUCGAAGGAUAACAUCGAAGAAAAAACCUCGGAUUCCUCUUCCAAAGUUUACGGUGACCCGCGAGAUCCUCCUGAUUCCAAUGAAUCUGAAGCAAUCCACUUUCCACCUGGCCGUACAACACUGGUUGGCGACGUCCUAAGAAAGCCAAGUAUCCUCGAAGAAACUUCAUUUAACACAGACCACUUGUCAUCCAUAAGCGAUGUUUCGAAGGCAUACGUACACCGUUUGACUCAGCUCAAAUCAGAGCUCGAUCUGGAGGAGAAGGACAAAAACCAGGGGCCUUCUGUGAGCGUGCCGAAUUUGAACCCUCAUGACAUCUCUGAGCACGGUGGAAACCACAUGCCCCGUGCUACGUUUUAUUCUGCAGAACCGGAUAGUUUGAGUGAGGAGGCUUUGAAACGCGAACCAAUAAGCGAUGAGGCGUUGAUCGACGCAGUGUUCAGCGCUGUGUUCGAGGGAGAGUCAAGUGAGAUGACGAGCUUGGGUGCCGCUUCCUCCUCGCAAAACCUUCUUGCUCCUGAUCGACCUUCCACAGACGAAGAUGCUGAGAAGAACCACGAUAAAUCGGAACCAGUGGAGCUGCUCAACCAAUCCAUGGACGAAGCGAUAUUCUCGGCGUCAAGAAGUUUGCGGAAACACGAUGACGACACGAAAGAAGAAACUCUGGACACUCCUGAGAAAUCAAGUGACAAGGACCAGCAGGAGCAACUCGAUUCUGCACCUGUAGUGGACUCUAAGGAGGGCAGUGGAGAACAGGAAAAGGAUGCAAUCAUGGAGGCCGUGUUCACCUCAACGAUCGACAAUCAGCAGUUCAUGGAAUCUGUUAUCUCGUACCCAGGAUCAGCUUCAUCAUCCAGAAUUACCUCGUCGGCGACUACUCCGGGACCUAAUAGGUCUCGAAAAGACUCUGAGGUCUUUUUUGCAUCAAACACAGGCCCAGCUCCUGAGGGCGAUGUCACCUUCGUAUCGAACGCGAGUGUCGUCAUGAACAACACGCAUUCAUCGUCCGAAGGUGAAUUUGAUGAGGAUUAUAUCAUAAAAUUAGUGUUCUCGGAGAAAAACGAGGAGGCAGUGCCGAAAGACGGAGCGCCUAUCAUAGAAACUCCACGGGAGCGAGUGGAAAAGACGGUGAGACCUCCUCCAGUAGAAGAUCCAAGUGAGUCGGCCAUUGUCUCGGCAAAUUCAGAGAUCGAUAAUCGAUCGCUGUCACCAAUGGAGAACGACAUGGACGGGAAAGCGGACGAGGAACUUCUGGAGGUUGAGGUUUUCCCGGGAUAUUUCCACAUAAAGGGGAACUAUUCGCUAGUUGUCGCUAAGGGUGAUCCUUUGGGAGUUCUGCUCGCAGACGUCCACUCGAAGGGAUCCUCCUCGUCCCUAGAUUUCUCAAUUACACCAAAGCUACGAAGAAUGUUGAUACAGUGUUUCAAGGAAAAGACUCGGCCUAACAUAGAAGGAGCUGAUAUGAUCUGUUAUCGAGCUCGAAACCUCCUUACCGAAGAGGACGUAUCGGAUAUUGUGUACACUAUGAUGGAAAAAAACCGCUUCAACGCCGAAUCGAAUCCAGAAGGCAACAUCAAUUUUUGCACGGCAGAAAACAAUCUCUGUACGAAAGAAGUGAUGGAACAGUUGAAGAGCAAAGGUUUCUCUCCGGACGAAUCUCAUCUGAUACACUAUCCCCCAGCUGGUGGAUACAUAAGCACUAAGCAAGCAGUGGCUAAGUACAUGGCGGAAUUCAUGUCCAUCGAACCGCCUGAACAAGAACUAGUGAUUCUUCCUUCCUCCACUUCUGGAUACGAUAUGUUAUGUCAUUGCACCUGUGAAGCUGAAGAUAUUGUCCUGACAAGCGUUCCUACCUACGCCGCUUCGGUGAGAAAUUGCGGAUUUCGUGCUGAAUGCAGAAUUCGUCCUGUUGAGAUGGAUAUGGAGUCGCCCAGGCUGGACGUUGACGCUUACCAGAAACAACUGGAUUAUCAUAAUGCUAGGGGGGCUAUCGUGGGAGCUGUGCUCAUAAUCAACCCGCACAAUCCUCUAGGAAUAGUUUUCCCGCCAGACGAUGUGCUAAAGUUAUGCAAUUGGGCAACAAGGAAUAACCUCGUGGUGCUUGUGGAUGAGUCGUUUUCGUCGUGCGUAUUCGCGCCUGAUUCAUCGUUCAAGAGUUUUCUUAGCUACAGAAAUCGAUUAGAAAACCCCGAAAAUGUGAUCUACUUGUGGAGUUUGAGCAAGGACUUCGGCGUUCCCGGUCUGAAACUUUCCGUUGUGCAAUCGUGCUGUCCGAAGUUGAUCGAGUCGCUGGGCACGCUCGAGCGGAUUCAUCCCGUUUCAGCAGUAGCACAAGAUGUCGCGGUGGCGAUUCUCACGGAUUUCGAGUGGUUGCGGAACUUCCAUGACACAAAACUGAAACGGUUGUCAGCUCACUACAAGUAUGUAGCUGAUCACCUUCGUCAAAUGGCUCUUUCGUUUUGUCCAGCAGUAGCUGGCUGCUUCGUUAUGGUCGACUUCAGAAAGCACCUGCGCGCUCAGACCUUCGCGGAUGAAUUGUCACUGUUUCAAUCGCUGUGCGAUCGAGGAGUAAUGCUGACUCCCGGUCAACAUGUUUUAUGUCAACAACCCGGAUGGAUGCGUCUUGUGUUCAGUUGUGAUAAGAAGGAACUGAUUGAAGGCAUUAACCGAAUUCGGAAUACUGAGCAGUGUCUUCCGUUUUUGCAACAUGUUACGAGAAAGCAUAUCGUGUUGUAUUGA